UUAUCUGUAAGCAUUUGCUGCCGGUGUCAUUAAUCGCAGGACGGAGCCUCUUGAGGAUUAUCAGUGUCUCAGAGCGACCACAGUGGCACGUUUCCUCUAAGCCACAGUAUAAAUGUCGAAACUUUCCUGGACUUUUGCACAUCUUGACCGGAGUCGGUAUAGUUGAACCGACAAACCAAAGACGUCUUUGGUUGAGCGGUAAAGGCGGCUUCGAAAUGAAGUUGCACUCCGCUUUGGUACUGCUGACCAUCGCAGCUGCCUGCUAUGCUCAGGGUAAUUCACCCAUUAUUGGACUGAGCGGAGAUGGCACGCGUCAUGGCGUCGUGGUACUACACGCCAGCUACGGGGCAGCACAUGAAGUGGAGGUGACGCGUUACCACGUCAACACCCUGAUCCAGACGCGCUUAGCGCACACCGUCAUUGAAAGCGAGCUCAGGAACAAUGCACUUGAUGAUAAGAAAAUUACUGUCCCCUUCGCCAUCCCUAGUAAUGCCAUGCUCGUCAAUUUUGAAAUCAUAAGUGAUGGCAAGGUUCACCAAGCGAGACCAAUUCUUAAGGACUCCCUGCAGAUUGAUUCUACAUCAUCCAGUGCAACUAUUACUGCUCGUGAUGCCGAGGCAUUUGACGUUGACCUGGAGCUGGCGUCCGGUGGAACAGUGCUGCUUCGCUUGGAGUACGAGGAGCUUCUCAUUAGACACCUUGGUCGCUACAAGAACGUACAACAAGUUUGGCCAGGAAAGGUUGUCUCGGACCUGAAAGUCAGCGUUCGGAUUAAUGAAGCUUCAUCUAUUUUGGCGCCUGUCAACCACACCGUCACUACUGAAUCAGCUACCGGCACUGUGACUACACUUAGCAAUCUCAAUGUGAAGAAAGUGCAGAAUACCAGAGACGUCGAGCUGACUUUUCAGCCUUCCGAAGCCGAACAAGAACUCCUGGCUAAGCAGCUUGGGCUCGGCGCCGAAGCAGGCUUUGCCGGCCAGUUUAACGUCGAGUAUGAAGUGGACCGGUACCCUACUGCCGGAGACAUUGUGGUACGAGAUGGCUACUUUGCGCAUUUCUUUGCACCAACCAAUCUCACUUCAUUGCCAAAGUACGCCCUAUUCCUGUUGGACGUCAGCGGUUCAAUGCAAGGACGAAAGAUAGAGCAGCUCCGAGAUGCAAUGCAAACCAUCCUCGGUGAACUUGGCCCGGAAGAUCAAUUUACGGUCAUCGAAUUUUCUAAUGCGAAUAAUAUGUGGGACCUCGGCGUACCUUCAGUUGGAUCAACUUGUAAAGUGUACUCCGCCCAGUAUAUCAAGGAGGCUCAACAAAAAGCUGCGGCGAUGUCUGCAAACGGAGGUACGGCCCUGCUUGGUGGUAUGCAGCAAGCUUUGGCAUGUGCUGCUGAUGGCCCUCCUGGACUGGAACCUAUACUGUUGGUCCUGACCGAUGGUCAACCAGACGAGCCAGUAACUACGAUCAUUGACGAUUCAAAUACCCGUAACAG